AUGAGGAGAGACGUUCGUGGCAGGCAAGGGUCAUGGGAGUUCUGGCAGCGACAAGCUGAGGGUCAAUGGCGUGGCACCUUGAACAAGAUAGUGGAAGCUGCUUUGGCCCAGCAGAGUCAUGCACACAUAGGCAUCGCCAACACCAACGAGAUUCAAAGGUCAAUGUAUUUUUAUACAUUGACAGCAGACAGCGCCCAUGUCCAGUUCCAAGACUGGCUGUUUGAGAGGCUGGUUCGCUAUGCGUUGACGCUCAUGAGGCUCAGCUUCGACGAGGAGGAGCUGCGGCACAGUGCCGUCUGCGAAAUUCUGCCGGGAGAGGACAAGGCUGUGGCAGCCGUGGAUCACGUCCUCAUGGAGCUGAGGCUGCCGAAAGAGGCUCUCGCCGAUGGGGACGGUGACGAUGAAGCCUACGAGAUCUUCAAGCUGGACCCACCUUUGCACCUCGAGGGUUCAGCGGUGACCCCGAGCUCCAAGCGCACGUCGAUGCACCACGGGAAGAAGCAGGUUCUUCACUUCUUCGGACCCGGUGGCCGCCAACUCCAGGUGCAUCUCCAGAAGGAGGAAGGCCUUACCCUCGAAAGGACCUGGCAACAGGAGAUGCAUUUGCGGAACUGGGCUGGGCAUACCUACCACAUCACCCUCUUUGUCAGCCACUGGCUCGUGAACCGAACUGGCUGCACGCUGCUCAUUCCCCGGCCAUCCACACUUCCAGCCAUCCUCAGGCCCUCCAUGCAGCUCAAUGCGCGCUCCGCUUCUGCCGGGCUGGAGGACCCGCAGAUGUCCAUCUCUGGACAUGCCCUUCGACCACUGUCGCAGCACGUGAUCCAGGAGGGGACUUUCGACAUCGGCGUCGCCGAGGUGGACCUUGACGAGCCGGAUAACACCAGCUGCCCACAACUGAGGAGGCGUAGCGUCUUCCGCACGCGAGAGACGAACAAGCUGCGGCGAACAGCCGUCGUCCUGGCAGAGCGACCAAGUAAGGUCAGCGUGCUUCCUCUGCUCCAAGCCGGCAGCAGAGCCUUCUGCUUGGGCUACUGCAUCAGGCAGGCUCCGUUCCCCUUUUAUCGGACACUCUUGGUGGAGGUCACCCGGCGCUACACUUUCAUCAACCACACGCAGAGGACUCUCUUCGUCUUCGACGGCAGCAAGACUUUGGAGCUUCCGAAAGACGAGCCCAAAGCCUACGAGCCCUCGCAUCCGGGUCCUGCGGAAAGUUUCUGCUUUGACAUCAGCGGCACCAACGCCCUGAGCUUCUCCGCUGGCUUUCGUCUCACGCAGCUCUUGGACUUUGAGGAGGGGAGCGGAAUCGUGCUGCGCAGCGCGAAGAUCCAGCUCAUGUACAAAGUUAUCGAGGACGACACGAGCAACCUCGUUUCAGCACCUGUCUCUCAGACGCAGAGCGGCGAAUCAAAGCCUGAAGUGAGGCAAUGGGCCAUCGCCACCGUGGAAGCGCUAGAAGACUCCGGCGCCCUGGUCCUGCGCUUCUCCGAUCCGACGAAACCGCUGUUUCGCAUGGUGAACCGCACCAGCCACACCCUCUUCUUCCAGCAGGAUUGCACUGAUGCGCCGCGCUUCAAGCUGCAGCCAGAGGCGAGCAUGCCCUUUGCCUGGUUCUCCCCGUGCGUUGCUGGCAAAGUGAGCAAGGCUCCCGAAGUGGAGGCAAAGACAGCGCAUCCAUAUCUUUACCUGGGCGCCACGGCCAAUGAGGAAGACGAGGAGCAUUUUGCAUCCAAAGCUGCGCUUGAACGAUACGACAUCGCACAGGUGCGCGAGCAUCACAACUUGGUUUGCGGUGGCCGUCGACGCGCAAGAAAGUCCGGCACAAAGGACCGCUACAAGGUUCGAACGACGGUCCAUCACGGCAGUCUGGAAGUUCACGUGCAUCCCUGGCUCAGGGUGAGCAACGACACAGAGUGGAAGAUCACCGUUCGGGUUCGUUGCAAAGCUCUCUCGGAAGACUGCAAAGCCGUCGAAGCCGGCGAGUGCGUCGACCUGUGGCCACCUGUUCCAUCCGGCAUGAUGCACGACAUCUACUUCCAGAUGCGCCGAGAAGCACCAGCCGACGGCAAAGUGUUCGCGUGGUCGCAGCCGCUCACUCUCACCGAAAGCAUGAACGGCUAUCGCGGCUUCUUCCGCCAAAGAUCUGAAGGCACCACGGACACGGUGGAAGUCGCAGCGGCCCGUGAUGAGGUCAGUGGAUUCCUCCGACUACGGCUGUCGAGCUGCAAUCAGGAGCCCUACCUGAUCGACAACCAGUCCACGCACAAGUGCACCUUAGCACCUCAGAGCGCCACCGGCUGGACGAUGCACUUGAAGCCGGAGGAUGGUCCGUACCCUUUCUUGUCGCACCUGUGGGGCAACGACACUGUGGUGCUGCUCACAACAGUUACAGGAAAAGGCCGACACGAGCAACAGGAGACCUUCGAGAUCGAUUUGGCGAAAGCCUGGACGCAUACCUGCGGGCCACUUCGAGUUGAGGUUGGGCAGGCCAAGCAGAAUUCCAAGCUGGUGGUGAUUCGUGAAGGUAGGCCUGCCAUGCAUCGCGCCUCUCGCCGGUCGCGGAGAGAGUCAGGCGUGCUGCAGACUCUGAAGCGCAUGAGCACGGUCCUGCAUGCGGCGGAGCAACGGCGAGGGCAGACGGUCGUGGAGCUGGGUGUUCGCAAAGUGGUGUCCAUGGCGACCGGCCAAGCCUCGCAGUCUUUGAACCCACGGAGUCCGGCGGCAGAUUCUGCAUCGCUCUCCUUCGGGCAGCUUCAGGAUGUGAACCACCCCGAGACGAAUCGCUUCUUCAGCAUGCACGGCAGGAGCAAUACUUCAACUUCCAAUGGUGCGAGGGACGGGAGUAGAUGGGGCACGUGGAUGCAACUCACACAUACACUGACGUCCAUGACGUCCUACAAGAGGCCGACGACGCGGACGGUAGGCCAUCGCUGGCGAUUGAGACCUGCCUGCUGUGGCAGGAAAGUCGAGAAGCGACGUCAGCGGAAGGCAGUCAGAGGCCGGCAAGGACGCAAUGCAGAGGGCAAAGGCGAGCACGUUGUCGACUUGGAAUGGUCCUUGGAUCUUUCCUUGGAGGGCUUGGGCGUUGCCAUGCUGGAGAUUCGCUUGGACUCGGGAGAGUCACAUGAGGUGGGCUACGGCUGCUUGAGGAAGCUGAGGGUCAAAGUGCUCCAGCAUGCCGCGAAGACGGACGUCGAGGGCCGCGCCGGAGCGCUUUCGGCGGAGAUGCAGCUCAGCUCCGCGCAGCUAGACGUGGGGCACGGACAGCGCAAGUUCAUGCAAGGCAAAGACUUUCACGCGAUCUUGCGCCCUUUUUCUGGUCCUCUCCAGAUCCUCUCAGACGAGACGGGCGAGCCGCCGCCGCUGAUCCAUUUCGAAGCGAUGUUGAAGUUCGUGAAUGAGAAUCACGACGGCGAACAGGAGGGAAUCAGCAAGUGCCGCGAGGGGUCGACGCACUACGAGGUUCGGAAGCUGGAGCUCAGAGCGCAGCCGGUGGGGCUCCAAAUAGAGACGGCGCUCCUGGCGGAGGUGGUGGUUUGGGUGCUGGAGCUGUGCAGUGCUUUCAAGUCCCAGAAGCUUCGCGCGGAGAGCGUCGCAGAGCAACUGGCGCAGUCUCUCGAUGCGGAGGAGUUCGAGUGUUUCAGGGAGGACACUGCGCUGGUGGACCUUUUGUACCGUGAGCCACGGUGUGUCCGGGAUCCGACCGCCGAGCAUUUCCGGGAUCUGACCCCCUUGAUGAUUCGAGAGCUGACGCUGAGACGGAUAUGCUGCGUCCUCUCCCUGAGCUUUACAGGCACGGGCUCAUGGAAUGCAGAGAUGAAGGAGCAACUUCAGGCCCUUGAGAUGCUGCUUCGACUGACACUGCCGCUGGACGUCCACCAGGCGCGGCUCAUGCUUGGGAAGAUCCACUUCGGCUGGCGAGGGCCAGCGGUUCGCGAUCUCUCAGUUCGAGAACGUUUCCUCGCCAGUGGCACGGAGGAGUUAUCUGCUACUUUGGUUCAUGAGCUGAGCCGGACGGUUCUGCAACAGGUGCCAAAGCUCUUUGCGAGCCAACUGCUCUUGGGCAAUCCACUUCAGCUGGGGGAGGAGCUUCUACGCGCGAUGGAGCUGGCAGCACAUGGCUUCGCAAGAUUUCAGCCACAGGCGGUUCUGGCGGCGUUCCUACUUGCCUUGGCGGCCCUUACAGCGUCAGUUCGCGGGAUGUUCCUGAUCAUGGCGAAGGAAGCUUGCCGUCUUUCGACUGGCCAGGUUCCUGACAAGCUGCUUCGUGAGCCUGCGCGUGCGCGGGAAGCAGUUGGACAGGCCUUUUACUACGGCUUGCCCUGGCACUGCAUGGUCUUGGGCCGCCGCUUGCGACAUCGAUGGCGGAAGAGCCGCAAGGUGAAGCGGCGAUAUCGCUGGCUUCGCGGCUCCGAGGGCUAUCGGAGCCUCUGCCAAGCGCUGAUGUGGAGCCUUUUGGCACCCGUCUCGGCGCUUUUGGUGACGGUGGCGAAGCUCCUGCAGGCCUUGGAGCUAAUCAUUCGCCGGUCGGCGCGAUGGGCGAGUCCACGGCAUGUCACUGCCAUCGGACCACCUCUGCCUGGUAGGAAAGGCUCCCAGCAGUUCUUGGCGGGCUGUCCCCUCCAGUUCUCUCGUGAGGCGUCUCCAGCCCUCAUGGCUCUGAGAGCGGAGACCCUCCAGCAAGUCACAUGCUCAGAAUGGGAGCUGCGCGUGCUGCCCAGAAGGAGCCUUGCCGGGACCCUCACCCACUUGGAGGAGACGGCUGCAAAGAAGAGGCGUUCCAGCACAGUGAGCCUGGAAGGUGUGAUGCAGGAGUACCUCGACCUAGAUGCAGAGAAUGUUCAUGGCUGGCUGUUGCUCCUCCGUGACACGGCCGAGCUGGUUCUGCUCCAGCCACCACGACAGAAUCUGGGCAUCCGCGUCGAACUCCUGGAGCCCCUUCCAGAGGAAACAUUUCGGAUGCAGGGGCCAUUCGCCAAGGUGGAGCUCACCGAGCAGAAUGUCCUACAGUGCUACCCGAAGGAGCCCGCUGCCACUCCCAUAGAGCUCCAAAUGCCGUGCCUUGAGGCGGGCGUCGCCGCCUUCGGCUUGGCCAGUGAGAACGUAAGCUGA